AUGCGUACGUUAGCAGCAAGCAGUCCUUUCUUCCUGCCCCUAAUUUCUUACAAUUUCUCGUUUCCAUCUCUCGAUUUUCUUCCAAACUCCUUUUGAUUUCUUUUUGCCCAAUUUAGAAUCUUCAGAUUGGGGUUAAAUCGCAGACAGAAUUUUCAAUUUCAGAUUCUUCGGAUUGUUCGAUUCUCAUUUUAUUUUCAAGAAAAUUGAGGUUGAGUUGGGGAUUUUGGUUGAGAAGAAUUAUACAUGUUGCUUUGAGUUAGAGAUUUUGUAAUGGUGAUAAGUUGAUAACAAGAAAUCAGAGACUAGAGUGGGUUCUUGUUGUGAAUUUUGCAUCUUUUCGUAUUGUUGAGGACCUCGAGGUUGAGUUUUGCUUAAAAAUGGACGACACUGAGGACGACGCGAGGUACCCACCAAACCCGUAUGAUGUGAAUCACCAGCAGGGUUAUGGCUCUUUAAACAGGCAAAAACUUCCUGUGAGGAAUGCUCCGUAUUCUACGGAAGCUGGUAAUCAGUACGUGGAAGAUGACGAGGAAGAAAGGAAUGAGGAAGAUGAUGAUGAAGAGGAGUUAGGAGAAGAAGAUGGAGAUGGAGAGAAUAAUCAAAAUAAUGGUAUCCACUAUGGGGUAAGAGAUGUGGAAGAUGACGACGACGACGAUGACGAUGUUGAUGAAGAUGAUGAUGAGGAGGAUGUGGGUGUUGAUGACGAAGAGGAUGUGGAUGAUGGCCAAAAGAAUUAUAGUACGAUUGGCGAUGCUGAUUUGGAUAGGCAUCCUAAGAAGCGAAAGCUGAAGAGCUUGGUUUCAAGUUAUGAAUUUGCUCCUCGUGUGCCAGCACCGGCUGUUGCAGCUCCGUCAACAUCGAAACAAUCCUUUGCUGGGCGUAAUCCUCUUACUGAUUGGACUGAGCAUGAAACGCUCAUAUUGCUAGAUACAUGGGGUGAGAAAUUUCUGCAGCGUGGGAGGAAGAGUCUUCGUUCCGAGGAAUGGCAAGAAGUUGCAGAGAAGGUGUCGGAGGGAUCAAAGAUUGAGAGGACUGAUACGCAAUGCAGGAAUCGUUUGGAUACAUUGAAAAAGAAGUAUAAGAAGGAGAAGACUACUUUAUCAGAGAUGGGUGGCACAAGCAAAUGGGUUUAUUUUAAGAAGAUGGAUAUGCUGAUGUCCACAUCCGCACAGCAAGGCGGACUCUCUUGUGGUUUAGACUCGGGAGAAUACGUUUUUAUGAACCCUAGAGCAUAUCUGAAUCGCGCAAAUGGGCUGGAUGAGAUGAGGGAUAGUCCAGAGAAUACAGAAUCAGCUGAUGAAGAGGAGGAUUCAGAUGGACUACCUCCAAAGAAGAGAAAAUCUGGAAGGGACCGAAACGAAGGGUUCUCUUUUCGAGUGCUUGCAGAUUCGAUUCAGAAAUUUAGCGAAAUAUAUGAAAAGAUUGAGAGUAAUAAGAGGCAGCAGAUGUUGGAACUAGAGAAGAUGAGAAUGGAUUUCCAUAGGGAUUUAGAAAUGCAGAAAAGGCAGAUCUUGGAGAGGACUCAGGCUGAGAUAGCUAAAAUACGUCAAGGUGGCGGCGAUGAGGAGAAUGACAUUUCUGCCGAUAAUGGCAGUGGAUAAUGUUUUAAAACUCAAAUUUACAUAUGUAACAGUAGUUAAUUAUCUGGUGGUAGUUGUUGUAUAAUGUUGGGGACUUCAUUUACUGUUGUAAGGCAAUGAAUUUGCUGCCAAUAUUUGUAUUAGCAUACUAGAAGAAAUAACAGAAUGCUGAGGAUUAUUCA